AUGCACUUUUUGAAGGUUCACUUUUUGAGAGUACAGGUUGAUUUCUUUAUCAUAAUAAAAUUACAAUCGUAUUCAAGACCUAAGAUAGUUUCUCACAUUUCACUUCUUGUUGUCAUAAUCUCUGUAAAAAACAGCUGCUCGUGCUCAAAUGGACUUGCUAAAUACAAGCUUAUCAAAGAAUUGACUCAGACAAUCAGAUUCAAAUACUUCUUUCCUGCUGAUCAACCGUUGCAAACAUUUGCGAACAGAGAUCUGGUUUUUAUUUUAGGUAAAUUUAUUGUUGAGAAUUCUGAACCAUGUUUUACUAUCACAUACUCAAGCAUUGUUGAUAAUGAAAACUCCAAUCGCAAAUUUGACUUGAGUAAUAUUCCCGUAACUAUUCCGCAUAGUAUAUACUUUGUAACUGUUAUCCGUCAGCUGAAGAAUGUUAGAGAUUUUAUUCAUUUUAGUGCAGAAACAAUUCAAUAUAAUUCUGUCACUAGUAACUCUGAUAUUAAAAUAGACAUGACAAUUAUUUACUCGCUAAAUUCGUCCAAGUUUAAAUAUUUAGACCAUUUAGGCACUAAUAUUGAUUAUCUAAGAACCUCGUCUAAUAAUAUUAGUGGGUCUGAAAGUUCUCACUCUACAAUAUCGGAUAUACUAUCAAUAAUCGAUAUUAUUGAUGAUGAUAUUGAUUCUACUGUAAUGAAAGCAUCCCAAGAUCAGUAUGGUUCAUUUAGGAAAUCCGUAAAUUCUGUUAAUGCUAACGUCGAAGCUACCACAUUCUAUAAUAAUAAAGAAUAUCAUACUACUAAUGCCAACAUUGAAGCCGGUCUAUCCCAUAAUAAUAAAAAAUAUAAUACUACUAUUGAAGAUUAUCAAACUUGUGAUGAAAAAUUUCAAGACAUUGAAGAACUAGAAGAAUCACAACCUAGAAAAAGAAAAAGAGCUACUAGAAAGGCAACUAAAGGAAAAGGAAAACAAUAUUAA